AUGUCACGUUUUGAAAUAGAGUUAGUGAAGGAGAACGAGAGACUGAAAAGAGAAGUGGCAACAAUGUUUGAUGAGCGUAACUGCCAGCAAUCCGCAUACAGAACCUUUAUCGCACAAGCCGAAAAAUUGAACCAGCAGCUUCCCCAUGGUACUAUGCACGACCAGUACUUCGAGGCUUAUCAGAACCUUAUUCGUUGCAGCAACGUGCAUGUAGAAGCUCAAAAGAAGCGAGCAGAUGAAGGACAACAAGAGAUGUCAGACCUAAAGGUGCGACUGAUGCAGAUCCUGCUAUGGCUGCGCGCAGUGUAUCAAAAUCUGCAACCGGCCAAGGUAGCGCAAGAUCCCAACUCUCACAGAUCUCAAUUAAUGGCACAGGACCAGCUCAAUAUGGCCAUUACAGACCUCCAGCAGAAUUUGCACUCACACGCUGCAAUGGUUGUUAUUUACAUGGACCAAAGACAUCAAUUUCUUUCAGCUGGCUUACGGGCCGAGAUUGGAAACCUCCUAGGUCCGUAUUUCUGUGAAGCAUCGGACUUGCGGCAGCUCACCAGCAAGAUCAGUGCCGCGGUCGAGUCUGGCCUCAAGCUCGACGAAGCGGAGGUGAGAGGACUAUCCUCCGACUUACAGAAGUCCUUAGCUGAUGCUGUUGGUGCCCUUGCAAGCAUCUUAGACGAGGUGGCUGGUCAUGUUGCGGAUCAGGAGGGGGCAUGA